CCCAUAUGCAUAAUGAUAAUAAUUUCUAUCUCAAUUAGACAAACCACCACCACCAUUCCUCCAAAAAAUUGAAGCUUACGUUUAUAUAUAACAGCAACCUACGGUCCAAAAGAGCAAGGAAAAAGAAAUCUCAGUUGCUAGUAUAUUUUUUUUUUCAUGAUCAUAAAUAAUAUGGGUGGUUCAUCUUCCUCGACCGGGCUCUGCCUGCUGCUGAGUUUGCUGAUUCACAGCUCCAUCUUCUUCUUCGUGGCUUCCCAGAGCACGACAGCGGCGGUUGAAGGGACGGUUGUCAUCAAUGGAAGCUCGAGAAUCGGGAGGACGAACCCAAAUUUCAUAUGUGCAACUCUCGACUGGUGGCCGCCGGAGAAAUGUGACUAUGGAACUUGCAGCUGGGGAAGAGCUUCUCUUCUUAACCUGGAUCUUACCAACCCUCUGUUACUCAACGCCAUUAAAGGUACACAAGGAAUAAUUUGCAGAGUGAAGAACAGAGCAUAACAGGCUGUGCCUUGAUUCCUUAUUUUUAUAAUUUUUUUUUUAUUUGUUUUUUUGUUCAACAUUUCCAGCCUUCUCUCCUCUGAAGAUCAGAUUGGGGGGUACCCUACAAGAUAAGGUCAUAUACGAGACUCAACAACAGGCUUGCCCAGCUUCCUUCAUCAAGAGCUCUUCAGAAAUGUUUGGCUUCUCCCAGGGCUGCUUGCCCAUGUCGAGAUGGGACGAACUCAACUCUUUCUUCAGGAAAGCUGGGUACAAUACAGUAACCAUACACUUCCCCCUUUCUGCAAGUUCAACAUUGUCGACGAAGUCAUUUGCACGACUCAGAUCGUUCAACUUGGUGCUGCAUUUUUGAGAAUGCAGGGCAGCGAUUGUAUUCGGGUUAAACGCGCUGAACGGUAGGACAAUAGCUUCUGAUGGUUCAGCAGCAGGAGCGUGGAACUCGAGCAAUGCGGAGGCUCUGAUAAGACAUACCGUGAACAAAAAAUUCACCAUCUUUGGUUGGGAGCUCGGGAAUGAGCUUAGUGGGAGCGGAAUUGGGACCAGUGUGGCCCCAGACCAGUACGCAUCUGAUAUAACCAACCUGCACGAUAUCGUGAGGAGAACUUAUGCGAGGUUCGGGAAGAGGAUGAAGAAGCCACUGGUUUUGGCACCUGGAGGGUUUUACGACGCGAAUUGGCUCACACAGUUCAUAAAUAAAACACCUAAGAACUCCCUUCAGGUUGUCACUCAUCAUAUCUAUAACCUGGGACCAGGUAUUGUUGGAACAGAAGAGUUGACCAUCCCUGAGCCUAGUUAUUUGAUUUCAUUCGUCUUUUACUCCACAUACAGUAUUUUUCUGAAAGUUCACUAUGGAAAUCAGGUGUUGAUACUCACUUGGUUGACAAGAUUCUGGAUCCAUCGUACCUCGAUGGUGGCUCGUCGCCUUUCAGUGGACUGCAAGGAAUCUUGAAGACCACAGGGAGUUCAGCUGUUGCUUGGGUUGGUGAGGCCGGUGGUGCCUACAACAGCGGUCAUAAUCUAGUCACGAAUGCAUUUGUGUUCAGUUUCUGGUACCUGGAUCAGCUAGGAAUGGCGGCAUCCUACAACACCAAAACUUACUGUAGGCAGUCACUGAUUGGAGGGAAUUAUGGCCUGCUCAACACUACCACCUUCGUUCCGAACCCAGAUUACUACAGUGCACUGCUGUGGCACCGUUUGAUGGGAACAAAGGUGCUUUCCACGAGCUUCUCUGGAACCAAGAAAAUACGUGCUUAUGCUCACUGUUCAAAGGAAUCUCAAGGAAUCACAUUACUUUUGAUCAACCUUGACAGUAACACGACAGCUAAUGUGCGUGUUUCUACUGAAAAUGCCAUGACUGUUCGGACAGCUCGGCGACAUCACCAAAAUCGAAGAUCAAAAUUCACUAGGAUGUCAAGCGGUUCCAAAGCUAAUGCACAUGCAAGAGAGGAAUACCACUUGACCGCUAAUGGUAAUGAUUUACACAGUCAGACAGUACUUCUGAACGGGAAAGUACUUGCAGUGAAUAAUACAUCUGGAUCUAUACCUCUUCUGGAACCGGUUCAGGCCAGACUUUCGGACCCAAUAACCAUUGCACCUUUCUCUAUUGUAUUUGCUCACAUUGCCAAUGUAACCGUUCCAGCCUGUAAGUAAAAAGUUGAAUAAGACUGAAAUUGUUCUGUUUAACAGUUGUAUCUCUUCCUGAAAUGUCAAUUCAAAGCCUGG